AUGUCGAUUUUAUGUCUAGGUUUUUUGAUCCUGCUGUCCUCGCUCGCUCUGCCAGCUCUCAGCAGCGAUGUGGGGAAUAAACCAGGCGAGGAAAAGUACAAUUUUUUGUAUUUAGUCUCUAUCAUAGGAAACAGCCACUACUUUAACCUUGUCGAGUCAGGCCGAGCAUUGGCCCGCCAAGGUCAUCACGUUGUCUCCUUGAUGAGCAGCUCAAAUCCUACCAGCCAUUGGCAGAAGGAUGCUGACUUGUUGUCUGUGGUCGUCUUCAAUUCGUCCUACACUGAACAGAACAAGACCUCUAUCUAUGGCGAUGCGACUAAAGCAAUGCUUACGGGGCAAAUGAAUUUCUUUGGUUAUGAGUGGUUCUUAGAAAAAGACUUCCGCGACAGGUUUAAAGUUGUGGCAGACAUGUGGCUGCAAGAAUGUGACGAUCUGUUUUCCGAUUCAGCCACCAUGAAACGUCUGCAAGAGGAGAGAUUUGACAUGCUUGUUGGAGACGACUGCAUACCUUGCGUCCCGAUGUUGGCGCAGGCAUUAGACAUUCCAUUUGUCCUGGAGUCUAACACGUUUGCGGUUCCUACAAAACAUAGCGCAUGGACUGGGUUGCCGAUAAAUCCGUCUUACAUACCUGAGCGUGUCAUGCAACUUACUGACAGAAUGACAUUUCUUCAGCGACUCAAAAACGUCUUAGGUCACUACUAUCAAACCAUCGUGCAUUUUCAUCUGGGUGUCGCUAGCUUCGUUGGUUACGAUAAGUUGAAGGUCAAGUAUAACAUCAAGCCGGAGGUCAGCACCCUAGAGUCAUACAAGCAAGCUUUGCUGUACUUUAUGCACGGGAGCUUCGGACUGGAAUUUCCUCGACCUUUGCAGCCCAAUAUAAAGUAUGUUCUCUACAAUGCUGGAUCGAACCCCAAUCAAGCGAUGGACGAGGAAGUUGCUAAGUUCCUGGAUACUGCACCAGAUGGAGUAGUGCUGUUCUCCCUUGGUUCUAACUUGAGGAUACUAGGGAAGGAAGGCCGAAUCUUCGCAGACGCCUUUGCUUCCCUCCCGUUUCGUGUGCUGUGGCAGUCAAAUACAAAUCUGACGGGACUUCAGCUAGGAAACAACACAAUGGUUGCCAGAUGGUUGCCGAUGAUAAAAGUCAUGGAACAUGUCAAUGUCCGUGCGUACGUCUCCCAUGCUGCCUCUUUCAGCACAAAUGAGGCAAUGUGGACAGGGUUGCCUAUGGUGGGUAUACCGUUUUAUGAGGACCAGAUGGAUUUCAUGGUCCGUGUAGAGGCACGAGGCGCCGGUCUCACGUUGGACAUCAAUGGCCUCACAUCAGAGACUCUGAGCCGAGCCAUUCGUAGAGUCAUGACCGAGCCUGGAUUCCCUAAAAACGCAGAACGCGUCUCUAAGAUCAUGCGUGACCUUCAGAACACAGAGAGACCGGUAGACAACGUGGCUCGCUGGAUCCUACACGUCACCAAGUUUGGCGGCAAUCAUUUACGACCAACAGUCAUGGAUCUCAAUUUUGUUCAGAGAAAUCUCCUAGAUGUCUAUCUCUUCAUUGGUCUAGUUCUGGCAUCGGUUAUCAUGAUCAACGUGUCUGUUUGCUAUAUUUGUUGUCGGUGCAUGUGUCGUUCUGGCAGAGGCGACCAUUUUAAGAAGGAGUGAAACAUCAUUCAAGUUUCCGAGGAUGGGUUUGCGCUGGGGAGAUGUUAAUUUUGAAGGAAUUUGAUGGGCAACUCACAAAAAUACCAAUAUUCCAUGGAUGUGUGAAAAGAUGAAAAAGAAUUGUCAUUAUACAGACUUUCUGAAAAUUGUUUUAAGUAAGAAUUUCAAUUAUGCCAAAGUAAAUGAAACUGGCAUCGUCAACAUUGGAGCUAAAUGUUCCAGAUUAAUCUGAUUUCCUUGACUUUCCCUCUGCAAUGUUCGUACUAUGAGAUAUAUCUUAUUUCAUGAAUCUAAGGAAUGUACUAGCUACUUUAAUACAAAAUACUGUGAAAAUUCCUUUGCAUUGAACUGCAAAAUCGAACAAUGGACAAACUUUGUUUUGUAAUCAAGCAUCAAAUCAAUAUCGAACGUACUCGUAUGAAGAUCUUCUGCAUUUUGAUUACCCAUGACAGUUGAAUCCUAUUGUUUUUUAAAGUUAUGUCAAUUUUCUGGAUCUACUAAUGCAGUUAUGCAGGGACUGGGGAUGAUGGUAUAUUAUCUUUCAUGAAUGUAAAAAUUAACUUGUCAUUAUACCAUGAGUGCCAGAUUCAAUUUGUUUCGCUCCCAGCAAUUUUUAUGUCACAGGUGAAACGUUUAAUACGAAAAAAGUUUAUUCUUUCCAUGCGUAAUUACAAUGUGUGACCAUAAUUAUGAUCCAAACAAAAUAGAAAUAUAAAAAUUGUUAAUAUCUCAAAGCACACUUUUUAUGUUGUAAGCUAUUACACUUGUAAU